CCUUUCUCUCUGAAAUCAAUAAAAAAAAUAUAUAUUUUUAAAAAGAUUGCUACCUGCAUAAAUCUGUCCUCCCCAGUCUUCCCCAUCUCAGGAAUUUAUUCUACCACGCAUCCAGCUGCCCAAACUGAAAACCCAAACAUUGUGCUUGACUUCUCCUUCUCCCUCAUCCUAGACCCCAUCUCCACCCUUUAAGCUCCGCUUCCAGAAUAUAUCUCCUAUCUCUUUGGCUCUCUUCUCUGCUGCCACCACAUUAAUUCAAGCCAUCAUUGAUUUCCUGUCUGGAUUACUGCAACAGGCGCCCGGCCGUCUAUCCUACACACAGCAGCCAGAGUGAUCUUAUAAAAUCUUAAUUCAGAUUAUGUCAUUCUUGCUUACAGCCCUUCCGUGGCUUUCUGUUGGACUUAGAAUUAAACCCAGCUCUGCAAGCCCUGGCAUGGCCCGGCUCCUUCCAACUCAUCUCGUCCUCCCGCCCUUCUUUCCAGUUCCUGGCCUCCUUUCUGUUCUGCAAAUGCACCGAUCCUUUCCUGCCUCUGGCUGGUGCACUUACUGAUCCUUCUUCCGCCGUGGUUUUCCAGCAUUUGCUCAUCCUCAAGUCUCAGCUCUGAGAGGCCAUCCUGGACCACCCUUUCUAAAUGGCCUGCCCACUGUCUCUCUCUUUAAUUCAUCUUUAGAGAACUUAUCACAAUCUGUAAUUAUCUUGUUUAUUUGAGGAUUAUUAGUCCCCCUCCAAAAGGAGUGGGGAUCUUGUCUAUGUGGUUUACUGCUGUAUCCCCCAAAUCAGGUCCUGGCGUUUGAUAAAUAUUUGUGAAUGAUUGUGUUUAUUCAUCUUUGAUCACAGUCAUCACCCUGCCUCAGAAUCUACUUAUUUAUGUGUCUGUUUCCCUAACUUCAUCAUAAGUUCAUACAUUGCUCUGUUUCUGGAAUCUAAUCCAUGCCUGGAACAUAGUAGGGGGUCAGUGAAGGCCUGUGGAAUAGAUGAGGGAAAGUAAAAGGAGCAAUCAAAGUGAGGAGAAGAACCAGGAGAGAGUGGAGUUGAGGAACCCAAGGAAAUCAAGUUCCAAUCAAGGCCAGAGAGGUGAUGUGAUUAAUCUGGCUUAUACAAGGCACAGAGCCAGAACUAGGGCCAGGGUCAUCUUCCUGGUAUGGACAUUCACACCCAAAUGUCCCAGGUGACUUUUUCUACCUUAUUUGUUCAUCUGCCCUCAUGUCUCCUUGCAGGAAGGACAUUCCCCAAGAAGGGCCAGACGUGUGUGGUGCACUACACAGGAAUGCUCCAAAAUGGAAAGAAAUUUGAUUCAUCCAGAGACAGAAACAAACCUUUCAAGUUCAGAAUUGGCAAACAAGAAGUCAUCAAGGGUUUUGAAGAGGGUGCAGCCCAGCUGGGUCCUCUUUCUCCUCUCCCCAUCUGCCCCCAUCCCUGCUAGAUGAGCUUGGGGCAGAGGGCGAAGCUGACCUGCACCCCUGAUGUGGCGUAUGGAGCCACUGGCCACCCUGGUGUCAUCCCUCCCAAUGCCACCCUCAUCUUUGACGUGGAGCUGCUCAACUUAGAGUGAAGGCAGGAACUUAAGGUGGCUGGAGAUGGCUGCUGCUCACCCUCCUAGCCUGCUCUGCCACUGGGACGGCUCCUCCUGCUUGGGGCUCUUGAUCAGUGUGCUAACCUCGCUGCCCCGCGACAUUAUCCAUUCUCUCUGCCCAAGUUGCUCUGUAUGUGUUGGUCAUUGUUCACGCGCAUCUUUGCUUGAGGAAACUUCGGUUGCAGAUCAAAACAUUUCAGGUUGUACAUUUUGCGUGAUGCAUGUAAUAGCCAUUCUUGAGAACAGAACACAGAUUUCUUGUUUGCACAAUCUACACUGCCUUACCUUCACUUAAGCCAGACACACAAGGUACUCAGACAUGAAAUGUACAUGGCUUACACAGAGGGACUUGAGCCAGUUACCUUUGCUGUCACUUUCUCUCUUAGAAAUUGUUGGCUGCUGACUUACAAACUGUCCUCUUUGGAAAUGACAUGUAAAAUAAAGGCUCUGUGCUUGACAAA